CCAAUGAGAAUGAUCGGCGGGCGGGAAUUGUGUUGUAAAGGGCGGGGUUUAUAACCGAACCUCAAGGGUUCUUCUGCUGGCCAACUUCCCUCUGCCAUUCAUUUUUUGCUCGCAUGUUGGGCCAUUUCAGAAGAAAAGAGACUGUCUGGACGUAAUGAAACGUAUGUGAAAUAUGAGGAGAGAAAUUGCAGCUGUGGUGUUUUUCCUGAAGAGGCUUGUGAAAAAGGGGGAGAAGUUGGAGUCGCAAAAGAUUGAGCUGUUCGUUGAGAGGCUGGCUGUUGCACUGCAGGAGAAGUUCAAGGGGCACUGGUAUCCUGAAAACCCCAGCAAAGGACAGGCGUACAGGUGCAUCAGAGUUAACAGGUUCCACAGGCAGGAUCCAGAGCUGCUUCGGGCCUGCCUGGAGAGUGGAGUUCAGUACGGUGACCUGAGACUGCCUCGUGAGCUCACAUUGUGGGUGGACCCUGGGGAGGUCUGUUGCAGAUAUGGAGAGCAGAAUCCUUGUUUCUCUGUGGCCAGUUUCUCUAACGAUGAUGAGGAGGACAAAGAUGUUGCAAAGAAGGUGACAAGUGCUUUGGAGAGAGUGACAUCAGACUACCACUCAGGAUCUUCCUCUGAUGAAGAGAGCAUGCACACAUCGCCCCUCACUAUCUCCAACACCUGCCGUGAUCACCAGGCGAUGAAUCCAGCUGCUCCUACGUGGCAUCCUAAGAAGAUGGUACCAGGGAAGGGUCACGUCCUUCCGCGGCCUCACUACAGCUUCAGGCCUCGCAGCAGAGCCCCACACACUUUGAAGCAUAAUCUGUGGGUGCCUCCUUCCUAUAGAGGAGGUUCUGGAUACUGGGACACAAACCAAAAUCUGGCAUAUUGUUACACUUAGGAAUCAUGGUACUUAUUGUUCACACUGGACAUUAAAGCUGAAGACAGGUUAAGGUGACUGACCAAUGUUUUUCUUUUUUUAAUAUCAAUUUUUAUAGCUUGCAUAUCGAUUGUUUUUGAGAAAAGUAUUUUGCACUUUAGACCAUUGGUUAGAGUAGUAUAAAUCACUUGUAUUAGAUAAUGAAAUUGGAAUACUACACAUGUAGUUCUGAAGUACUGUAUUUUUACAAUGGAGGUAUCCAUGUAAUGUGUGCCACCUAUUGUCCUUUGUGAGAAAAUGUUUUAUUUAUUCAUAGUAUAGAAUUGUCAGAUGUCUAGGCUUAAAUUUACGGAGUUUUAUUAAACACGGUUUUCAAGCAUCA